AUGGCAAGCAAUAAACGCAAGGUGUCUCGACUGCCUACGUCGGGAAUCACGAAUUGGAUUCCUGCAGAGCCAGUCUCUUCUACAUUCACAGCACACCUUGUACCACAUCUCUCAUCACAAGGUGAUGGGACGCUCGGUCUGACCAAAGAAGCAUUCUCACAACUCCGUUAUGAACUACUUGAGGGGAAAUGCAGUCGCUUACCACUUGAUAACAGUAUCACUGAUGUCACCAGACUACUAUGCAUCGUGCUGAAAGCAGGCCUAGAGCCUUGCAUCGAAGAUGAUAAGUCCGAAUUGCAAGGUCAACUCUUGGACUGCUUGGACAUCGUCCAAACAGCCAUUGACAAAGCCCCGCUAGCACUAUUGGAAGUGCCGGAUCCAGAGAUUCUUGGGGAGGAUGUAUCUAUUCCCUUACACUCCUGCCUAGUACUCUGGCUUGUUCAUUUAUUCAGUGCCUGGGACAGUGAUGCCGUUGGAGACAGGAUUGAUUGCGUCCUCUCAAGUAUAGCCAGCGCUACACAUAAACAUACCAGGCUAUGGCAAUCGUUCACUGGGGUUACUGUAUUUUUGCAGGCUUGCACAAAUGAACUGAUAUAUAAUCUCGAGGCCUCUCAGUCCUCAGACCAACCUCCAUAUGCGGCCGGAUUCCCUCUAGCUAACCCGAAACAGUACUAUGCUAUGAAUUUGGGCAGGUUUGGCCUGCGUUGUGGAUCCCUCAACAAAGUGAUAAAACUCGGGGGUUACGCCCAAGCAGUUCGACUAUGUCUGAAUCUACUCAGCUCUACGGUCAAUACCUAUGUUGCUUACAACGUGCCUUCGGACCGGCAGAACCUGGCGUGGCUCUCUAAUGCCUAUCGGCGUCUGUGGAAGCUCAUCCUGGCAUGGCUCCGAAAUGCGGGUGCAGCUAAUAUCACAAGCCAAGAUCGAAUUUUUCAACGGCUCCUAGAACUCAUUCGGAGACUAUGCGGCUAUGAGCUAUAUACAUCAUCGAGACAGAGCCUGGCAUGCAAUUUUCUCCAGGCUUUGACCGAAAUUUUAACAUUUAAUGCCUUGAGCCAAUCUUCUCAUCUUCAACUCAAGUUAAGCCAUGCUGUUAGUAGCUUCAUCAAUGCUUUUGGUUUCAGGGAGGAUCUUAUGCAGCCCCUGAGGGAUACUAUGCUGCUUGUUAAAGAGAAUCCUGCCUUGUUUGAGUCAUUAGAACCUUACCUUCAGACUGCAAUUGAGAGGUCCCUCACGUGCUGUUCCGGGAAUGCCGGUCACAAAAGUACAUUGGUCGGCGUUUACAGCGGAAACAUACGGGACUCACCCGGUGUUCGAAACCUCCUCAUCUUAGACCAGCUAUCUAGUAGCGCUGGCGCUGUCCACAUGGCUAAACGUCGCUGUCUUCCUCGGCCAGAUGCUGAUACGGAAAACAAAGGUGUAGCACAGGAGCUUAUAACCAAAUCACUUGAAAUACUCUGUUGUGGACAAAUUGGGGACCUGAGAGACCUGAGGGAUCUGACCUCUGCACUUUCCGCAUCAUACACCGGGCUGGCCGAGCAAGAAAAGUGCAAUCUUUUACAGGUCCUGCGCGGCAUUCCCUGCGCUUUGUCUGGGAACUUGGUAGACAUCACCGGUACUGAUUCGGAGAACACUUUCAGUUGUAAGAUCUGUGACUCCGAAGACCACGACCUCGACUCAGAGAGCGGACCGCGGCGCCUGAACAGUCAUGAACUAUGUGAGAUCUUGGACUACAUCAUAUCAAGGCUCACACGCACUGCAAACCUGAGAAUAGCUGCAGCCGUCGCGUUGAGAAGAACAUUGAUGCAUACUUCCGACUUAGCUUACAUGCAGCUCACAUCUUCUGUUUUUAGAGAAUUUUGUUUAAAUUCCCUCAGGAGCUCGGUCAGAGAACUGCGUCUCAUUACAGGCCAUUCAAUAACCUCCUUUGUCCGUAAAGACCUGGACCGUGAAACCCGAAGGAGUAAUUUUGUCGUUAUCUUGGACUGGCUACAGAACCUCUCUGAGAAGCCGGAGACGGCAUUACAUGAGACCUGCAUUCUUACUCUAUGCCAUCUUGCGAAGUUCUCUAACGACGAAGAAAUGAAUCUCAUACUUCUUCGUCUGGUAGAAUACCUGGGACACCCGAACCCAUUUAUCUGCGCUGUGGCUUAUACCGAACUCUCAAGACUUGCACAACACCUUUCUGUGACUCCAGCCGGCUUGUUCCGACCUUUCUGGAGGACUUUGUCGGUAACGGUUGUCAGAAAUUUCCAGUCUCGCCCCUACAUGGCGGAACAGAUCUGCGAUCUGCUGGGUAUGAAAGUGGAUGAUUUUCUUAGAUUGACUGAGAUACAUGUCCUCCCGUAUCUGGUACUCACACGGAAGCGAGAUGUCAUCAUCAGGAUUGGUGCAACAUACAAAGACAGCAAGUCGCCCUUCGAUAUCUGUUCGGAGAAGAAUAAUCUUGCAGCAAUUCUCGCUUUUUUGUUGAGUCAACCUUCGUCCAAUCCGGAAGAAUCGAUCAUGUCAGCUUUCUCCGAGGUAGAUGCUGCCUUCAGAGGGCGUACUCUGGCGGAGCUUCUGAGGAUAGAACCAAUAUUGAUCGCCUGUGAACUGCUCAAAGGCUUGGGAGACUUCGGGAAGGAGAAAGGCACCAGGUUUCUCCGGGCACUCCAUCUGCUAGCUGUCCUUGUUCCACGAAAGUCUGGCUUCACACCGAAACCAGAAGAUCUGAUAGGUUACUUCGUCGAAGAACAUGUCCUUGGCAUAAUUACACAGUUCGCUCAUGCCAUUAACGAUUUUCAAAUUAGGCAGCCUCUUGUUGAGAAAAAAAGGAACAUCGCGGCGAUUGGGGAGAUGGUAAAGGUCGCACGCGGUCAUAUCAAUAGCGCGUUGCCACAGAUAUGUGCCUGUUUACGAGCCGCCCUCGAGAUCGAAGAUCUCUGUAAUAACGCUUUCAUUGUCUGGGGGGUAUUGAUCAGCUCCUUAGAAGAAGAGGAAAUAGAGCCUCUCAUUGAUCAGACACUGUCAAUUGUGAUCAGAUACUGGGAUAAUUUUACUGAGGAUACUAGGAAACAAGCCCGUGGACUUGUUGAAUACAUCAUGCAGUCCCACCGUGACCUGGUGCACGACAUAUUCAACACCAUGCCUUCCUUGGCUUCGAUACCAAUAUUUUCAGAAUAUGAAGCCAAGUUGAACAAUCUGAAAGAAAAGAUGGACGUCCGAAGCCAUUUUCUUGCAUUUAUUCGUCGUUGUCAAAGUGAGACUGCAACAGUUGUUGAGCAAGCCUUGCGAGAAUUAGUUCCCUACCUCUCCCAGAAUGAGGAGUUCGUCCAUAGAUCUGUUCUCAGCGAGAUUCCGGAUCCUGUUGUUGCACAGUUAACGCGUUCCCUACUUGAUUGUUGUGUGAAGUUCAACACAAGCUCAGAUGUUAUAACCAUCUUAUCAGCUGAAUGUCUAGGUUUGAUCGGCUGCCUUGAUCCCAACCGAGUGGAUACAGUCAAGGAAAAGAAAGACAUCCUGGUUUUGUCUAAUUUUGACAGUAUGGAAGAGACCUUCGACUUCAUACUCUUCUUUCUUCAAUACGUGUUGGUCGAAACAUUCCUGUCUGCUUCCAAUACAAGAGCCCAGGGGUUUCUCGCCUACGCAAUGCAGAACCUUCUUAGAUUCUGUAAUCUCGAUGCAGCUGUCGCCAAUCGGUCUCGCGACCUUCGAGCAGACGAAAAAUACCAACGCUGGCUAGAACUACCUGAAACUGUUCGCAACAUUCUAGCCCCUUUUCUUACAUCAAAGUAUACAGUUACUAUUGGCACUCUCAACUCUAACUGUAGCUAUCCAUUGUUCUCACCUGCACUGACACAUGGUAAUUGGCUACGAAGUUUUGUGCAGGACUUGCUACAAACUGGAAACGGAGAUAAUGCAAAACUAGUAUUCAGUGUUUGCAGUCGCAUUGUCAAAGGGCAAGAUAUUUCAAUAGCAUCCUUCCUGCUGCCAUUUGCGGUGCUUAAUCGUGCAGUGUCUGGGAGUGCGAAGGAUAAAAAAGAUCUACACUGUGAAUUAGUGAAUGUUCUGUCUCAUUCACUACCUGAUGCUAACAACCACAUACAUGAGAACAUCAUACUGUGCAGUCAGAGCGUUUUCGAAGUCCUCGACUACCUUUCAAGGUGGCUGCAAGGGAAGAAGAAACAAAUGAAUAGCCUCAGAAACCACAGCCACCAUUCGAAUCGCAGCCAUAAGGAAACAUCCCGAGAUACUAUACUAGACACGUAUUCCUCGCAGGUGAAGGCUGUGGAGACACUCCUGAGCUCAAUACCCCCAGAAGUCAUCUCUAAGAGGGCUGUUGAGUGCAAAUCAUUUUCACGGGCUCUAUUUCAUUGGGAGCAGUAUAUCCGACAGUGUAAAAAUCAGGCAGGCAGGCAAGAAGGCACCACGGCUGAGCAUCUGUACCAACGGUUGCAGGAUAUCUAUAGUCGAAUCGAUGAACCGGACGGGAUCGAGGGUAUCUCGAGCCAUCUACAUGUCCUAGACAUUGACCAGCAGGUUCUCGAACAUCGAAGAGCAGGAAGAUGGGCAACUGCGCAAAGUUGGUAUGAAUUGCAACUUGAGAAGGAACCUCGUAAUAGCGAAGCGCAGUGGAAUUUGCUCACUUGCCUCAAGGAAUCAGGACAGCAAGAUGCGAUUCUCACGCGCUUCGAGAUCCUGAAGACGAAGAACCCCGUCAGAAAGUUUCUUCCUUUCGCGGUGGAAGCGACUUGGAUCACGAGUAACUGGACAAAGUUGCACGAGUAUCUUCAGCUACAUUCACAGCAGGGUACAGGGGAAUUUAAUAUCGAGAUAGGCUUGGCUCUCAAUGCCCUUCAACACGACAAUGAUGCGAAAUUUAAGGAACAUAUGAAAUAUUUGCGACUGAGUGUUGCCAAGUCCCUAACGGCCAGUUCUGUGGCAUCGUUACAAUCGUGCCAUGAUAGCAUUCUCAAGCUACACGCUUUGCAUGAGGUCGAGUCCAUAGCUCGCACGAAGUACGAGGACUGCGAGGGCGGUAGCUCACGCUCAAAACUGCCCGAUAUUCUGCAGCGCCGUCUAGAUAUUCUUGGGGGCUACAUUUCUGACAAGCAAUACCUCCUUGGCCUUAGAAGGGCCACGAUGGAGCUUACGGGCAAAUUCGCCGAUUCCGACAUAGCUGCUGCUUGGCUAACCAGUGCACGUCUCUUGAGGAAAGGCAAUUUUACCAGCCAGGCUUACCAAUCUAUGCUCCAUGCAGCCCGCUUGAACGACAGAUCAGCCACCAUUGAGCACGCACGACUUCUUUGGAAGGAUAGUCAUCACCGAAAAGCAAUACAAACAUUGGAAGGCGCAAUCGCUGCUAAUGAAUUCUCUUCAGAACCGCCCUCGUUGGAAGCACGUGCCUCAUCUUCUCUCACUGAAAAUCUAGCGAAACACCAGAAUUUGCUUUUGGCUCGAGCACAUCUACUCUUAGCCAAAUGGACAGAUGGAGCUGGUCAAACUCAGUCAGAUGCCAUCGUUCAAAGAUACAGAGAAGCUAUAAAACUUCACUCAAGGUGGGAGAAAGCCCAUUAUUAUUUGGGCAAACAUUACAACAAAAUUUUCGACUCUGAGAAAGCAAAACCGUUGGGGAAAGAGGCGCAGAUUUAUCUGACUGGUGAGGCCUCAAAACUUGUUGUUGACAACUAUCUCCGGUCGUUGGCCCAUGGGAAUAAAUACGUGUUUCAGUCCCUGCCCAAGGUCCUGACACUCUGGUUGGAGCAUGCUUCUACUGUCGACCAGCCGUUUGAUCCGAUGAGAGGAGACAAUGAGGAAUUUCAAAAACACACUCUAAGUCAGCGAAAAAAGAGCCUCGAUGAUAUGCAUGCACAACUGAAGAAAUACGUGAAUAGAAUACCGGCUGCGCUACUGUUCACGAUUCUUCCUCAAGUCGUUGCUCGAAUAUGUCACCCAAACACGACAGUAUACGACUUGUUGACUAAGAUCGUAGCCAAGGCAGUCAACUCUUUCCCUCAGCAAGGGCUAUGGACAGUCCUUGCUGUAGUCAAGUCUUCCUCCAAAGACCGAGCCUCCAGGGGCAUUAGCUGCCUCCAGAAGGUUACAGAGGUAAACAAGAAAUUGAGAACAGAGUCUCCUUCGGAUAUGCGUGCCAUGAUAAACCAAGGACAGAGAUUUUCAGACGAGAUGUUAAGGCUAUGCAUAGCUCGCAUUGAAGAUAAGGUGGCAAGUGUUAAUCUACGCUCUUUAGGAUUCAACCACAAAGUGGCACCUUGUCGGCUUGUGGUGCCAUUCCAGGCAAUGUUGACACCAAUAUUACCAGCUAGCCAUGAACCUGAAUACUUGAAGGGUUUUAGGGCUUUCCCUCGGGACCCUACGACAGUGGAAGCUAUACUCGACGAUGCACAGGUCUUAAAUUCUCUCCAGAAGCCACGGAGAAUAGGCCUCCGAGGCUCGGAUGGAAGGAUAUAUAAUAUUCUCUGCAAACCCAAAGAUGACCUUCGCAAAGACCAACGUCUCAUGGAAUUUAACAAUAUGAUAAACAGGUUUUUCAAAAGAGACGUGGAAUCAAGCAAGCGGCGAAUGUAUAUCAAAACAUAUGCUGUAACACCCUUGAAUGAAGAAUGCGGGCUCAUCGAAUGGGUCGAUAAUCUCCGGACGCUGAGAGACCUUGUCAUCAAGCUCUUGAGAGAAAGGGGGAUUGCACCAAAUUACAAUGAGAUCAGACAAGAUCUCAACGAAGCAUGCUCCGAUAAUACCAAGCUCCAUCUUUUUACGACAAAAGUUCUGUCAAAGUUUCCUCCAGUCCUACAUGAAUGGUUCAUUGAAAUGUUUCCUGAAGCGGGGGCAUGGUUUGCAGCGAGACUUCGCUAUACUCGAUCAUGUGCUGUCAUGUCUAUGGUCGGGCAUGUCCUGGGGCUGGGUGACCGCCAUGGUGAGAAUAUAUUAUUUGAGGAAGGGACCGGUGGCUUGUUACAUGUCGAUUUCAAUUGUCUUUUCGACAAGGGGUUGACAUUUGAUAAGCCUGAAUUGGUCCCCUUUCGCCUAACACAAAACAUGGUUGAUGCUUUUGGCGCUUACGGAUACAAUGGACCAUUCCGCAAGACAUGCGACAUAAGUCUUGGACUGCUUCGUCAUAAUGAAGAUGCACUCAUGACUGUCUUGGAGACGUUUUUGCACGAUCCUACCACUGAUUUUAUUGGGAAGAAGCGUCGAACACACGUCAGCGUCCCAGAAACACCAGCUGGCGUUCUUGAGAAUGUUCGCAAUAAACUCCGCGGCCUUCUGCCUGGUGAAUCUGUUCCACUCUCAGUGGACGGCCAUGUAGAUGAGCUGAUUGUACAAGCAACCGACAAAAGGAAUCUAGCUGCCAUGUAUAUUGGCUGGUGUGCUUUUUUCUAAGGCUCGCCUCGGGGCAGUCCUUCCUUUCAUAUCCUAUCUUUGAUAAAAGGAAGAACAGAAGAAGAAAGAAGGGAAAUGAUGCGGGAUGGAAGGAAACGUUAUGCCCGAGGCACUCAAGAUACGGAGUAAGAAAGCGUUCAAUAGAUUUCUCGAAUGCCCUACACAACAUUACACCA